AUGCCUCCAGCACAGACCUCCAAGCAAUCUUCAUCUUCAAAUACAAGCGACAACCACCAGCAAACUUCCCAUUCAAUUUCUAAUACUAGUUUUACAAAUCAAGCUCAUUUUGUACCAUCGUACCAUGACCAAAUAUCUCGCGAAAAUAGACGCCAUUUAAUUCAAAACCAACCCAGAAUGAAAGAACGCGAUCGCCGUGAACGCGAACAUCAAGAUUACAAGCGUCGUCGAAAUGGCCCGCCAAAAGAUUUAUAUAGACGAGAUUUAUCUCCACCGUAUUCAAGAAGAGACAACCAGUACCCUUACUCAUCAUCUUCUUCAUACGGCCACGAUUACCCCCCUAGACCUUCCGGCUCUCACUACUCUGGCACUUCAGGCCCCAGUCGCCACCCGUCAGCUUAUAAUGACCCUCCUUACCCUCUUCGGUACUCAGACCGCCAGUAUUCUUCUUCUGCAGCUUCCUCUUCUUCGGCUUUCCCGCCACCCUCAGACAGACGCAGCAACAAUGACUACCCACCUUCCCAUUUUUCCUCUGCAAAAUCUUCAUGGCAACAACGCAGCCAUCCCUCUCUUCCACCAGCACCUCUCCAGUCUUCAGCAAGCUCCUCAUCUAUUAUAUCAUCAUCAUCCUCUUUUUCUUCUUCUCCCUCCAUGGGCCUACCGGUAGGAGCUGGCUCCUCGGCCCUCCCCUCGUCGUCGUCAUCAUCAUCAUCAUCUGCCGCCGCUGCAGUUGCAGCUGCUGCCUCUGCUUCAGCAGCGGCUGCUUCUGCUGCUUCCAUGGCUACCGGACCUUCGUCCUCGUCUUCUCACAUUGCCCGCUCUUCUUCCACAAACUCUAUUUACGAUGAUCACCACCGUGACUACCCUCCUUCAAAGUUUGGUCUUGACCGUGACCGUGAUCAUCUUCGUGAUCGUGACCGUGACCGUGACCGUGACCGCGAUAGAGAUAGAGACCGCGACCGUGAUCAUAUCCGUGACCGCAGACCUAUUGGAGGUGACCGCGAUAGAGACCGUGACCGUGACCGCGAUGGCCUCUCUUCAGGAUCCUCUUGGUACCCUGACCCAGAGUUUUCAGCUCGUCGUAGUGACUGGGACUACGACAGCAGACGACGGGUUUCAGAUGACAAGCGCAGUAAAUGGGGUGCAAAUAUAGGAAUGGGCAGCAUUAAUAGCAGCAACAACAAUAACAACAACAACAACAUUAACAAUAACAAUAACAAUAACAAUGGCAACAACAACACCAACAACAACAACACUGGUGGCGAACACUCUCUUCCUCAUAAACCUCCACCACUAUCAUCAUCCAACUCAUCGUCAUCGGCCAUUGGCUCUGGAAGCUUUUCUGGACCUUCUGGCUUUUCAGAUUCGUUCCAUUCAUCAGCUCCAUACUCUUCUCGUGUUUCUUGGGACCGCUGGGAACAAGAGCGUGAUAGCCGUGAUUACAUACGUGACCGACGUGAUAGAGACCUUUCGGAGCGUGAACGUGACCGUGACCGCGAACGCGACAAGGAAAGAGAAAGAUUAAAAUUUUCUUCUAAUGUCAACAACUCGUCUUCAUCUUCCAACCAAGCAAACUCAUCUUCUCUUCAAUCUUCUACCACGCCAACUCGAAGUUCAACUGGUGCUGUAGCCUCAACUCCUUCUUUAACCGCCCAAACAAACGGAAAUAGUCCCAUGUCGACCUCAUCAUCUUCAACUAGCGCAACUUCAGCUUACCCAGAUAGGGACCGUGACUUACGACUACGAGACCAUGAUCGUGACCGCGACCGCGACCGCGACCGUGACCGCGACCGUGAACGAGAUAGAGAAAGUGAUAGGGAUCGGGUACGUGACCGUGAGCGUGAUUUUUCCAUUAGAGAAAGAGAACGAGAUCGUGACCGUGAGAGGGAUCGUGACCGCCAUGACCGCUUUGAUCGCCUGGACCGUUCUUCAUGGUGGGAAUCUAGAGAUCGCUAUGAGCGUGACAGAUAUUCUCGUGGCCCGAUCUCCAGAGACUCAUAUACACCAUCUAUUAAUGACUCACGUCUUUCUUCCUCUCAUGAUUACAUACGUGACAAGUCUUUAGACUCUGGACCGCCGGGAUAUCCAUCGCGACCAAAGGAACCAGGAAGUGGCAGCAUGCCUGAGCGAUCACUCAAGCCUUACCGCAACGAUGCACAUGACAGGGCAGCAGGUGGAUUCAGCUACCGCCCAACUAGACCCCUUUUCUUAGAUGCUUCUAACACAAUGCGCAAAGCAGUUUCAGAAUCCAGUGCGUCACUUUCGGAAGGAAUAUUUACCACUACAGCCCCUCCCACUUCUACUAAUAAUAACGUCAACGCUACUACUUCUACUACCACUACCACUACCACUACCACUACCACUACUACUAGUAAUAGUAAUAGUAAUAGCAGCAACAAUAGCAACAAUAGCAACAAUAGCAACAAUAGCAACAACAGCAACAACAUCAACAACAGCAGCAACAGCAGCAACAGCAGCAACAGCAGCAACAGCAGCAACAGCAGCAACAGCAGCAACAGCAGCAACAGCAGCAACAGCAGCAACAGCAGCAACAGCAGCAACAGCAGCAACAGCAGCACCUCCAUCAACACUACCGAUACUAACAACAAUACCAACAAUACCAGCAAUACCAGCAAUAUCAACAACACUAGCAAUACUCCCAACACAUCUUUAAAUGUUGAUAAUAGCAUUAAACCUCUACGUAGCGAAUCAGUCGAACCAGGAAGUACUAACCCCUUGGCCACAGGUACCGGCAAAAACCCAAAGGGUGAAAAACAAUCAAAUGACGAUGACUUAUUCCCUCACCUUCUUGAAGAAACAACUACAGACUCAAAAUCCAAGGCUGAAAUUACAGCAAAGCUCAAUUCGGCACGUUCUGGAAAAUCCACUCCUUCUAUUUUGCCUGGAGCUGUUACGCCCAAAACUCCAUUGUCUAUAACAAAAAAGCUCGACUCUCCUCCUCCACCAAAAUCUCCCAUGCUCAGUCCACAUGAAUCUUCUGCCAAACGAGAAUCAACCAAACCAGUUACAGCUUCCAGUAAAGUCAUGACUCGGCACUCUUCUACUCCAGCAACCAUUGGGAAAAACACAUAUAAAUCAUCUCCGCUUGAUAAAAAGCCUGCGAAAACAGACCAGCCUAAAUCUUUUUUCGGAAACAAUACUUCAGAACAUUCUUCCAAAACAUCUCCAUCAAAAGAUAUUACACCAUCAUCAGCGACAAUGAAAUCUAGUUCGCCAGCACCUGACCAAUCAACCAACUCAGAACUUGCUGAUAAAGUCUCUUCAUCUAAGCACUGGUCACCAAUCCCAUCAACUGAAACCCAUGUAAAAAAGAAAGAGGAUAUACGACCGAAUAAGUCUUUGGAAUUUGAGAAAGAGAGUGAUAAGAAGCUUAUUGUUCUGAACAGUAGUGACACCAGUAAAGAGGAGCCGAAAAAUUCUUUGGAAUCUAGUAGGAUUUUAGAUAAAUCAAUACCAGCUACAGAGUUUAAAGUUUUGGAGACCCAGACUAAGGAAAAGAAAACUAAAGAGGAGCCAAAGACUGAAUCUGAGGUUGAAUCUAAGCCUGGUUCUAAAGUUGAAUCUAAGAUUGAGUCUAAGGUAGCGUCCAAGACAGAACUCAAAGAAAAGGAAACUGAGCGUGAGAAGUUUGCAAUCACUGAACUUAAAGAAGUUGAGUCUAAAUCUGAGCACCAAAAGACUAAGGAAAAUGAAACUAAGACGACUGAGAACAAAAAUAUUUCAUCUGAAUCUCAGCUUGCUGAAGCUAUUGAAUCCAAAGAAUCCUCUACUGAUUUGAAAAAGCCCCCUCCUAUUCUACCUUCAAAACAAUCGUCUGUUUCUGAAAAACAAAAACUACUAGUCAAGGAUGCCGAACAUAAACCAAUUUCCAAUACUCCUCCAACAGCUCCAGCUGCUUUUAAAAAGUCUCUCAUUACUUCUGCUUCAUCAUCACUCUCUUUGAUUGACAAGCCGAAAGCUGCAGUCAAAUCCACUUUGAGUUCUCCACCAUCAAAACCCAAAGUUUCGCCGGAAAUUUCUUUUGAGAAGCAUUCUGUUCAGGAUGAAGAUGUUGUCAUGGAUGAUGUUAGCAUACAACCUCCAACACUUUUAGUUCAAACGAAGUCAUCGUUACCGCCAAAACCUGAACCACACAAGGAGGAAUCUACAGAUCCUCUUCUACAAUUGCCAGUAGCUAAAAAGUCACAAUUACCGGUGGAUGUUCUUCCAGUAAAUGUUGAAAAGUCCAAGUCAAUGGAGCCCAAAACAGCUCUUCCAGCUGUCAAACUUUCUCAACAGACCAAACCUGAAUCUGGGGAAUCCUCUAGCCAACAGCCUUCUUUUGAGACAACUAAAAAGUCAGCAGAGGUAGUUUCGCAGAGUGUUUCAUCAUCAAUAGAGGCAACAAUGGAAGUUACAGCAAAGUCUGCUGAAAAGCAGCUCCCUACUGGCCCUGCUGCUUUUACAAAGUCUGGCGAACCAGUUAAAUCAGUUUCAUCGCAAACGUUGAAUUUUCAACAGCAGGCUGCAAACAAACCUAGAAAGAUCAUUCCAAGCGCAGUUAAAACUGCAACUAAGACUACCAUUCCAGAGGCGGAACCCAAACCUUUAGAGUUGAACUCUGAAAAACUACCCAAGAGUGUUGAAACUGAAACGUCGGUAAUUCCCUCUGUUUCACCCCAGCAAGUCAAAACUGCCGAAAAGAACUUGGUUAAGGAAGUUGCACAUGUUCAAAAGGUUCAAAGAGAAGAAUCACCUAAGCUUGUUGAAGAGGCUGAGGUGACUAAGGUCGACGAAAUCAAAGAAGAAAAGCCUGAGGAAGAUGAGCUUCCGCUUAUGUUCCCCUUGAAUCGUCUUGAGCAGGGGAUCUACGACCUUCAACAAAUUCCUCAUGAUGAAUUUGUCAAAGACAUGAAGUACCUCACAAAGUCGCCAAUCAAGUCACUUAAUUCCUACCCAUUCUAUUACCGUAACAUUGCAAUGAACAAUGCUACAGUCAAGCCAAUUCUUAAGGAAACAAUUUCUCACCAUCGCCAUGAUCUUUAUGAAAAUAGCAAGGCUUACAAAAAACAGUUUGAUGACAUCAAGUCUGCGUGGCUCAAGUAUUGCGAUUACAUGGACCGCAGUCAAAACAUUAAGGUUUCUCAGCAAACUACUCCUACUCUUGCUCAACGGGAAUUACCUUCUGUUGGUGGCAGUAGCUCUACCGGUCCACCAAGUAGCGGGGGCAGUGGGCGUCGUGGUCGUAACCAUUAUGGUGAUUCUGUCCGCAGCGAGGCCGAGUUUUUGGAGAUAUUGGCCAACUUUGAGCGUGAAAGUGCUAGAGACCCUUCAGUACGGUCUAGCCUCACUUCGGCCCAUGUCCCCAACAUGAUUUAUGACCCUGUUGUUCGUGAUGAGGUUCGCUACAUGGAUUCCAACAAUUUUGUGGAAGACAAGUCGAUUCCAUAUCACCGACUUAUUACCGAUAACAUUGACAACUUUUCUCCUGAGGAACAUGAGGCCUUUUGCGAAGCAUAUACAAUAUAUCCUAAGCAAUUUGGUCGCAUUGCAAAGGCCAUGGGUGGAAAGCGGUCAUUUAACGAUUGCGUUCUUCAUUAUUAUCAGACGAAAAAGCAGGUUGAUUACAAAACUAUGCUUCUUAAUAAAAAUAGAAGAACUACUCGCAAGGGUCGUAAGAAACAGCAAAAGGAGAAACAACAGAGACAGGAAGCAGCAGCAGCAGCGGCAGCAGCAGCAGCUGCGGCGGUCACAGUGGCUCCUGCAACACCUACUGUACCCACGCCUGCUACAGCUACUCCAGCAUCUGUGCCCCCAUCAAUUGCAGGAUCUACUCAUUCCUCAACUCCUGGUACAGCUACUACUUCACCUGCACUUCCAAACGGCAGUCUUGAGCUCCGAACAGCCACUAUUCCAGACUUGAUUGUACCACCUAUACAGAAUGUUAUUGAUACUUCAGCAGUUGGCACCCCAGAGUCUGGUACACCUUCAGUGAUAGUUGUGAUUCCAUCGGGGGGUGCUACCACUGCUACACCUUCGAUGCCUUCUGGCGUUUCUGGCAAGCGGAAAACUCCUGAGGAUGAUGCACGCGCCGAUGCCAAAGCAACUAAGAAGCCUCGUGGAACCAAGAGUAGUCGCAGCACGCGGUCACGCGACAAGAAAAAGGCAGAGGAAGAACUUGCCUCUGCAACUCAAUCGCCUGCUCUGCAGUCCACACCUACACCUAUCGUUGAAGGCCACGAUGAAUCACCUGCAGUUCCAUCUAACCAAAUUCAAGAGUUGUAUCAACAAGGUGCUCAGCGUCAAGAGACUUCGGAACACUCACAGUCCCAGCAAAACCAUGCUCAUCCUCAACGGUCCUCGAGUUACUGGACUGUUAAUGAUUUGAAUCUUUUCCAAAAACUUUUGUCUAGUUAUGGUACUGACUGGGAAAGCAUUUCCAAGCACUUUAAAUCCAAGAGUGCUGUGAUGGCUAAAAACUGUUUUGGGAAAAACGCUGAAAAGCGCAGUUGGAUCAAGAUUGCAGAAGAUGCUGAUGACCGUAUCAGCAAAGGUCUUCCCAUGCCUCCUCCACCUCCCAUUUUGGAAGAUGAUAAUUCACAUCCAACUCGUCGUACUAGGAACAAGGGAGCUAUAGACCACCAGGCAGCUACUGCAGCUGCUGAAAAGCAACCGUCACCAGCUUUUGCGGUUUCUCUUCAUACUGAAGAGUCUCAGCCCACCAAGUUCGUUUCACCACCUCAACAGCCGGCUGCUGCUUUUGCAGAGGUUGCAUUAAUGAGUGCUUUAGAUAAGAAGAGACAGUCUCAAGUUCUUCAGUCUCCUAUUGUGGCUCAUGCCCAGGUACAACAACCUACUCCUGUACUACAGCAACCACCACCACAGCUUCAACCACCACCACCACAGCAGCAAUCGCAACAACAGAAGCAGCCUCGUGAUUUUAUUGCGCGCAUUCAAGUCAAUGACCAAAGCGCAGCAUUUGCAGAAGCUGAAAGACGUGCUAUAGCUCAGAAUGAAGCUCGUGCUCAAGCUGAGCUGCAAAUGCGUGGUCAAGCUGCACCGAAACCUGUCACUGGUUAUGUUUCUGGAGAUGCCCGUCAGCAUUUGGCUCAGCAGCGACAAUUCACUUUGAACUCUGCAGCUCAGCCAACUUCGCAGUAUUCAUACAAUACCCCUGCCCCUGCCCCAUCUCAUGUUUCUCCCAUUCAGCAGCUAUUGCAAGCUACGAGCGAGGAUACCAAGAAUAAUGAGACUCCUAGAGUACUGCCACCACUUUCUCAUUCGGAAAAGCCACCGCAACCAGUACCAUCAGUUGUCACAACGACAAUAGCACCCUCAUCCUCAACAUCUCCACAAACAGAAAAGAGUCCGCUUUACAAUCUUCCGCCGCCCACGUCGUUUGGUACCAAUUCCCGUACGACUGGAUUUUAUCUACCUAAGCCCAAAAUCCCAGGGGCUUAUGAGCAGCAGCAGCAGCAACAACAACAGCAACAGCAACAACAGCAGCAACAACAGCAGCAACAACAACAACAAGAGAAUGCACGGGCUCAGCUACAUGAGAUGGAACGCCUCAAAAAAGAGAAGGAGAAAGAGCAGGAAUUUGAGCGCCAGAGACAGGAAAGUCUUUUAAAGGCUCAACAGCUUCGGCAGCAGCAGCUGGAUGAACUUCAAAAGGAACAACAGCGUAAGCAGACGGAACAAAAUGAGAGGCUGAAGGAACGCAAGUUGGAACAAGAACGAGAAGAAAGACGGCUUAAGGAGGAACGCGAAUUGCAGCAGCGCCGAGAACAAGAAGCUCGCGAGAGAGAGAUUUUGUUACAAAAGCAGCGUGAAAACGAGGCCUACAUUCGUCAACAAAACUAUCAGCAACCGCUUUAUGGCACCAUCUCGAACGAGCGCGGUGCUUAUCCACAGCAAAAUGGUGGUCCUUUUGUUGCACGAACCAGCAUGCCUUCUUUGGCUAGUUUGUCUGAGGUUGCUGUUAAUGCCAAUGCGUAUCAAUCAUUACCGUACAGAAAUACGAGCCCAGCAGUUGCAACUGCAACAAUGCCUGCAUCAACAACCACAUCAACAACAACUUCUCAGCGCAAGAGCAGUACCAACUCUAUUUCCAACAUUUUGAACCCUGUUCAGGAUUCUGCAGCGUCUGAGCCCGGAACUUCAUCUGUACGAGCUACUGCUUUGCCACCAUUGCCAACCUCUGCCAAUAACAAUGGCAGUGGAAGUAAUGUCAGCAGCAGUGGCAGCACUUCCUCUGGCACUAAUGACAGACCAUGGUACGAUCCUGUUCGACAAGGAAACGCAUACUCUGCAUCACAAUUUGGCAAUAAGACUGCUCAGGCUGCUUACUUGCCUCCAUUGCAACCUCUUCCUUCACGUGCCAGCAUUGUUGACACACUUUCAAGUCGGUAUCCGCCUUUAUCUAGUAUUCGACAUUCACCUGAGGGCACAGCAACCCAAUUGCAUCCGGCAUCGUACCGCUCUGCACACAAUACAAGCCCGGCGUCAUUAUCCAACAUUUUAUCGCCUAGCGAAAGCACUACUCCAGUUUCCGCAGUGCCACCACAAGGUUCUUCUUCUGUGAACAUGUCUCUCAACAGUUCUAGUGGUAGUUUUUUGCCAAUGCCUCCGUCGCUUGGUAGUGGUGUGCGUGGCAGUGAUAGUAUUCGCCGGGCCGUAUCGCCGUCGACUCCAUAUGUUGCUUCUACCGGAGGGGCUCAAAUUCAUUCUCAUGUACACCAGCAGCAACAUCCGGCAUAUGCGAUACAGCAGCAGCAGCAGCAGCAACAACAAUAUGCUGGUGGCAUUUAUAGCAGUCACUACAGAUUUCCAGAUCAAGCUGUUGACCAAAGUGAUGCCUCUGCACGUGCGAGUUCUACAAUUGGGAGCGGAGCUGCUGCCUCACAGUCUUCCAUGUCUACGACACAAGGGAAUGCUAUCUCUGGGCUGGCAGCUCUUUUGAGCAGUAGUCCGCAUUCUUCUGCUGGGGGCCGGUUUGGCUACGAUUACACGUCUCGCGAGAGCAACGAGCGAGGGGGAUACCCAACCCAGUAUCCUCAUUCAUACCAGCAACAGCAGCAACAACAACAGCAGCCGCAGCAGUCGCAACAACAACAACAUCAUCCUUAUCCCUAUCCAUAUCAUCAUCAUCAGCAACCACCAAAGUAA